AUGGCCGUCACGUAGCUCCUUUAUAGCAUAAGCGACUGGUUUAUCUAGUCUUUUCUGUACCUGUGAGCUCGGACGCUCCUCCCUUAGUGCGUUUAGCAAACAAUAAUCGUGACUAACUAGCUACGUAGUUGGGUUAACUGUAGUUUGAGUUUACAGCGACGUGGGAGCGUUGUCACGAUGUUCCUCGUCUUCCUGCUCGGCUACUUGACGCUAGCCUCUGGUCAGCAGCUGGACGAGGACUGGAUCGAUCCGUAUGACUUGCUCAACUACGAUGCUAGCACUAAAACUAUGAGGAAGCCCGCCGAGCAGCCAGUUAGGGAUUUGAAUGUCCCAACCUCACGAAGAGGGCUGGUUGACUGUGGCCAACCAGAGUUGAGCGUCUGCACCCAACAGCUGACAGAUUUACAAACGCAGGUUGAAGCCCAAAAGAAGAGUAUGAAGCAAAUCUCACAGCAGCCCACAUGCAAUCCUGUUUUCAAAAGAUUCCUGAGCAGACUGGUGAAGGACAUCCAAAGAGUUAAAAAGACUCAACCCACAGACUGUGUAGACUAUGAUGCCACAAUCCGAGUGUCCAGACAAGCUUUGGCUGAGAUUCAGACCUUUCUGGAUCGUGAAGAUGGUUGUAGAACAGGUGCUUUGGACAACGCCAUCAGUCAGAUACUGGUAGACCUUCGACCACACGACUACGAGGCCUGGAGGUGGCGCUUCGAAGACACUUUUGGCAUUGAUCUGGACACAGUUUUUAAGUUGGCAGUAAGUGUUCUGAUCUUCGUGGUCAUCAUCUGCACUCAGCUGUGGUCUUACAUCUCCUGGCUUGUUCAGUUCAAAAGGUUCUUUACCAUCUGCUUCUUCGUCAGUAUUAUCUGGAACUGGUUGUAUCUGUACAAGAUUGCCUUCGCUGAGCACCAACGCAACAUUGUGAAGAUGGAGAGCAUCAAUGACAAAUGCACUGGAAUAAGGACAAUUGACUGGCAUGAUAGUUUGAAAGAGUGGUACAGAAGCACGUGGACUCUUCAGGAUGACCCUUGCAAGAAAUACUAUGAGGUCCUCAUUGUUGACCCCAUUCUGCUUGUACCCCCCACUAAGGCACUCUCGGUUACAAUCACAACCUUCAUCACGGAGCCACUGAAGCAUGUCGGCCUGGGAAUCAGCGAGUUUCUCCGAGCGCUCCUCAAAGAUCUUCCCAUCACUCUGCAGAUCCCCGUUCUCCUCACUAUUGUGCUCGCCAUAGUGGUAUUCAUGUAUGGAAGUGUGCAGGCAGUUUUCCAGUACGGCAUUACUGCACCUCUGCGCCGCCGUAGGAGGGAUCCACCCCUUCCGCAACCGGAGCACUCUGCUCUCCAAGAAAUUGAGGAUCGUGGCUACAUGGAAGGAGAGGUCACGCCGCAAUCUUGUCCACGGCGCAGUGCAGACCAGGCCCGAUUGCACAGAAAUCCGUCUUGCCGGACACGGGCCUCCGAAGCCCGAGAAGAGCUAGCCAGGAUGUUUGUGGAGACCUUGACUACCGCCGCUUCUUCCCACACCCAACACAAGUUAGAUGGGAAAUGCCAUGUCAGACAUGUGGAGGCAGGGCAGGGGGAUGGGUCUGACACUCGAGUGGAUUCUGACUCUGACAACCAUGCAGAGAAGCAGCGAAGAGGCUCAAGUGUUUUGGUGUCACAGCCUGACCCCAAAAGAAAGACAAAACCCACUUGUCGCGACUCAGCUCAUCCAGAAGAUGACAAUGCCGGAGAGAGGAUGUUAACCAGACUCCCACAGACUCAAACUAAAGAGAAUGAGAAGAACGCUAAAGCCUCAGCUGGAGACUCGACACCUUCGGGUUUGCUGAUGGACGUGGAAACUGUUGGCACUCCUGUUCAGGACACUUUACCUGCGGCCUUGUGAUGAAGCAAUGCUCGGAGCUUGUGGCUUCACCGGUGGAGGUGAAUGUGCCAAAAAUGUUGGCAGCUGAGCAGUUGUCGCCCUAAAAUGCUAUACACUGGACUACUAGUUGGUCUCUAAAAAGAGAUUGCAAUCCUCCAGUGUAGACGAUAUGAUCAUUGACUGCUGCACGCUGACACUUACAGCAUGCACUUUAAAUCCUCAAGAAGUAGGAUGUGUCAAUGACUGAUCAUGUCCAGCAGCAAUUUUAAAUGUUUUUUUUUCCCCCCACCCAUGGCGGCAUUAACGUAACUCAAGUAAUUGUGAUAACUGGUGGUGAUGAGUCCAAAAGUGAACUAUAGUCCAUUGUCGUGUUCUUUUGCUCAAAAGCGGUACUAUGAUUACACCAAAGUCAAUGGGCUGCACCUCUUUGGAAAAGUUCAACUUUUAUUUCGUCAGUGCAUCGUAGCAAGGGACUGUGCGUUUGGGCCCUCGAUCCUUAAUAGGGGCUUUCCUGACACGACCCCCUCUUUGAUACAAUAAUUCCUCAGCCUAUUUACAAAUUCACACCCCACUCGGACUUGUCAGUGUCUUUUUUUUUUUAAUUUUUUUUAUGCCAUUUGUAAUUCCUUGAAAUGCCAAGAGAAGGCGCUAGAACCUAAUAGGAAAGAAAUUUGUACUUCUGAGAAGGCCUAACAAACCCCUGUUAACGGUCACUUCUGACCAUUCCCCCACCCUGGCCCCCCGACUAGAGUGGAAAAAAAUCUUUGUAUUUUUUUUUUCCAACCUCAUAUCACAAGCGUUUGCAAUCAUAUUUGAGUGUUUUUGGGAUCAUAGUUGGUAAUGUCUUUAUUGUAACAGAUGAUUCAACGUAAUUAUUAGUGUAAAUUUCUGCCUUUUUUUAUUUAAAUAUUCAUGCAGGGCUCGAUCUCCGGCUCCUGUUGCAAUUAUGCAAACCAUAAAUGGUGAUUCACUGCAGUGAGCCUUUCUUGGAAAAGCGAAAAUCUACCAGUCAUUGAUGCCCCUUAAAACUGUAAUUGACUACUGAUGCCACAAGUUUGUAGCUUAGCAACACUUUUCCAAUAGACUAAACACCUCAGCAUAUUUUCUUGGCACCAAUUUGCCACAUGAUUGUGUCAAAGCCGUAUUUUUAUAUCUGACACGCGUUUGACCUGACUACAAAAACAGCAAAAAAUUAAAAUUUCCAGCUAAAAAACAAGGCUUAAAAAGGUAUAAAAGAGAAUUUUGAAUGUGUGGGAACACUUACAGUUGUAGCUGAACAUAAUAGUGACCUUAUUUGAAAUUAUUUUUUUUAACUUGUGGGCAAAUAUGUGUAAGGUGGAACUUUGCGAACCUAAUGACACACAACAGUUUUGCAGAUAGUCUAUCUACAAUUGUUCAAAAAAAGAGGCCAAAAUGUCAUAGAUGGGCUAACAAAAAAUAGCAUUGAUGUCAUCCCCCUAUUUAAAAACAUAUGGUGCAGCUACACAUUUAGAGAGACAAUAUAAUACUCAAAGAUUUCCUCUGUUAAAAAAAACAUGACAAUGCUGAUUGUCUUUUCCAUAUUGUGUAGCCAUAUGUAAAUUUGGUUGCCUCCUGUGGGCUGAGGCACUCACAAUGUUAGCUGCUUCGAGCAUUAACCAUGAUGCACAAUUUAAUUUUCUUGUUUUGUUCAAUCAUUGAAUGAUUUUAUGGCAUGUACUACAAUACUGUGGAGUGCUGUUUUUCUUCAUAAAAAAUCUGACAUUUU